UCCACAUCACUUGAUUUCUAGUUUUUUAACAAGCCAGCUCGGCCAAACCUGAUAGUAAUCAACACUGUGCCUUCAGAAGAUCUUUCUAAUGAUAGCGUGGCUACUAAAGAGCCGAUCAAACAAAAGCAACUUUCCUCCACUAUGCUCAGACCACAAGACAGGUGGUGUCCUGUUGAUGAAGGAUCCUCAUCUCCUCAGUUGUCAGAUUCUAAAGGAAAAGUUCCUGAGAGGUUCAGUCGACUGGAAUCGGACUCGGAGAGUGAAGAAAGUGAUUCAGAUGAGGACAAGCUCAGUACAGUGGAUUAUGACACAGAUUUACUAAGCAAGUCAGAUUUUGAAUGUGACACAAUGUUAAUCAGUAGCAGGAAGGCAGAUGACGAAAGAGAUAACCUUGAAGUAACGAACGAAGAAAAUUCUUAUGAUACAAGUGAAAUGCACAAGAGUGAAGAAAGUGACAGUGAUACAAGAAGUUCAGAUACGCUAGAACCUGGCAAGUCAAUCAGCAGUGUAGAUUGUACUCCAAUAAAAAAACGAAAAGUGAUAAACACAGAAAAGGAUGAGCCAAUCAAUCAUGAUGUUAAAGAAAGUGAAACAUCUGAGCAUGUGAUUUGUCCAGAAGAAGAAGAAGAAAUCAAAGCCAUUCAUACAGAAUGUUUACUAGAAAAGAAGGAUUGUACUAUAAGUACAGCAGAAGAAGUAUCAAAAAAUUCAAGUGUUUUAGGUAGAACUGACCCCAGAGUCGCAGGUAAAAUUGAUGAAAAGGAAAUGAUUAAUAUAGAAAGUAGAGAAAGUGAAACAAACAUUGUCCUCGACAAAUAUGUACCUAAGAAAUGUGUUCAUAAACAUAAAAAAGAACACAAAGCAAGAAAAGGUGACAAGGAUAUCAAAAACGAAACGUUUGAACCUUUGAUGACAAAAAGAAACUCUGAAGCAAUGGUGAAAAAGUUUGAUGAAAAUGAUGUUACAGGUGGUGACAAGAUCAGUACUAGAGACACUCAAGAGAAGAAGAAAGCACAUCGUGAGUCUAAGUUAAGCAGCAACAUUGGUGCAAAUGUUUUAGAUGAUAUAGAUAGUGACUCUGAUAGCGAAUUUGCUAGAUUUAAAACAUUUGCUAAAGCUUCUGACAUUUCUUUAGUUAAGAAAUCCAGGAGUGACACUAAUACUCAUUUUUAUGCAAAAUCUCCCAGAGGUAGAAAAACGGGUGAAAACUGGAUAAAACAGAAAUGGUCUUUCUCUCCAGAAAAAGUUAGAAACAAAGACCAGAACAGUAGUAAAAGUUCAAGCUUUAAAUCUGUUUUGAGUGUUGUUCGAACAGUUGGACAUAAAACUAAUAGAACUAGAAGUUCAAGUAAUGAACGGUCUCCAAGUAGUAGCUCCACAACUGAAGAUCAAAAGGUAAAUAUCUGUGGCAGAUCAGAGAAUAGCAGUGAUUCUUCAAGUUCUAAUAAGUUCAGACAUACAGCAGUGGGUUCUAAGAAAAGUGUUGAAAAGAAAGAACAUUUUAGACAAGAAAGAAUGGUGUUUCUCAAAUCUCUUCAAAACGUUGAAAAUACGAAGCGAGAAAGGAAGGAAAAAGAUAAUCAUAGCAGCAUCUCCAUUACUGUUCAUGAUGGUGAGCUCUUUUUUUGUUUUAUAGUUAUACUCAGUUGUACUUGUUUACUUGGUUUAUCAACUCCUACCACAGAUGUAUUAAAUAAAUAA